AUGGUUUCAUCCAAAUAUUACUGGGGUGGAGGCAGAAAACCUACUGUUAACAAGAGGAGUUGAUGGCAGUUUUUUGGCACGACCCAGCAAAAGUAACCCAGGAGACUUCACACUCUCCGUUAGACGAACUGGAGCUGUCACCCACAUCAAGAUCCAGAACACAGGAGACUACUAUGACCUCUAUGGAGGAGAGAAGUUUGCUACCUUGGCUGAGUUAGUCCAGUAUUACAUGGAACAUCAUGGACAGCUCAAGGAAAAGAAUGGAGAUGUUAUAGAGUUGAAAUAUCCACUGAACUGUGCUGAUCCUACGUCUGAAAGGUGGUUUCAUGGGCAUCUCUCUGGAAGAGAAGCAGAAAAACUAUUAACAGAAAAAGGAAAACAUGGAAGCUUUCUCGUGCGUGAGAGUCAAAGCCACCCUGGGGACUUUGUUCUUUCUGUCCGGACAGGAGAUGAUAAAGGAGAGAGUAAUGAUGGGAAAUCUAAAGUGACACAUGUCAUGAUUCACUGCCAGGAUCUAAAAUACGAUGUUGGUGGAGGGGAGAAAUUUGACUCUCUGACAGAUCUAGUGGAACAUUACAAGAAGAACCCUAUGGUAGAAACUUUGGGCACAGUAUUGCAACUCAAGCAGCCACUGAAUACUACCCGUAUUAAUGCUGCAGAGAUUGAAAGCAGAGUGCGAGAGCUAAGCAAGCUAGCAGAGACCACAGAUAAGGUCAAGCAGGGCUUCUGGGAAGAAUUUGAGACUUUACAGCAGCAAGAAUGCAAACUUCUCUAUAGUCGUAAAGAAGGUCAGCGUCAAGAAAACAAAAACAAAAAUAGAUACAAAAACAUUUUACCCUUUGAUCAUACCAGAGUUGUUCUACAUGACGGUGAUCCGAAUGAACCUGUUUCAGACUAUAUCAAUGCUAAUAUUAUUAUGCCUGAGUUUGAAACCAAGUGCAACAACUCAAAGCCAAAAAAAAGCUACAUCGCUACUCAAGGUUGCCUCCAGAAUACAGUGAAUGACUUUUGGAGGAUGGUGUUCCAGGAGAAUUCUCGAGUUAUUGUUAUGACAACAAAAGAAGUUGAAAGAGGAAAGAGUAAGUGCGUCAAGUACUGGCCUGAUGAGUAUUCCCUAAAGGAGUAUGGCGUUAUGCGCGUUAGGAAUGUUAAGGAGAGUGCAGCACACGAUUACACGCUAAGAGAACUUAAGCUUUCUAAAGUUGGGCAAGGGAACACAGAGAGAACAGUCUGGCAAUAUCACUUCAGAACUUGGCCUGAUCAUGGAGUCCCAAGUGACCCUGGUGGUGUUCUAGACUUUCUUGAGGAGGUGCACCAUAAGCAGGAGAGCAUUUCUGAUGCAGGACCAGUCGUGGUCCACUGCAGUGCUGGGAUUGGGCGAACAGGAACUUUCAUUGUGAUUGAUAUUCUUAUUGACAUAAUCAGAGAAAAAGGCGUGGACUGUGAUAUUGAUGUUCCAAAGACCAUUCAGAUGGUGAGAUCACAACGGUCAGGAAUGGUUCAGACAGAAGCACAGUACAGAUUUAUUUACAUGGCAGUACAGCACUACAUUGAAACGCUUCAGCGCAGAAUUGAAGAAGAGCAGAAGAGUAAGAGAAAAGGUCACGAAUACACAAACAUUAAAUAUUCUUUAUCGGACCAGACAAGUGGGGAUCAGAGCCCUCUUCCACCCUGUACCCCAACCCCAACAUGUCCAGAAAUGAGAGAAGAUAGUGCUAGAGUAUAUGAAAAUGUGGGGCUGAUGCAACAGCAGAAAAGUUUCAGAUGAGAAGAUGUACAGAGACUUCCAUGCAGAGGCAGAAAUGAAUAUGGUUUUUAAAAAGGUCAAGAAAGAGGUGGAAGAAGCUUCACAUGAACGGUGAACUCUGAGGGCUUGGUACCUUUUUAUUUACGGUUUUAAUCCUUCAACAGUAGGCAAAACUUAAGACCAUCUAAAGAUUGUUUAUAUCUCUUCUCUCCGAUACCUGAUUUACAAUUGCUCAUUUUCCAAAUAAAAGGAAAUCCUUUCUACAAUGUAGACGACUACAUUGUAGAGUCAGUUUUGAAUCCUGCAAACUGUUGGACUGUCAUCCAUUUGUUUUUUAAAUAGUGUUUUU